AUGGUUGAGUCUCUUCCUCAUAGUCACACAUCUCUCUCAUCACUGCUCAGAACAACCGUGCUGAAGAGAAGUGAAAAGCAAAUAGAAAACAUAACAAAUCAGACCACCAUUGCAAGCUUCAUUCUCCUUGGAUUUGCUGAUCAUCCAGAACUUCAUAAUCUUCUCUUCCUGGCCUUUUUAGCCAUCUACAUGAUCACCAUGGCUGGGAAUCUCCUCCUCAUUGUGCUAGUUGCAUCCGACUUUCACCUCCAUACUCCUAUGUAUUUCUUCCUAGGAAACCUCUCUUGCCUGGAGAUCUGUUAUACAUCCACUCUGCUGCCCAGGAUGUUAUUCAAUCUCCUGACUGGGAAUAGAGUCAUUUCUGUUAAUGGCUGCCUUUUACAGUACUAUUUCUUUGGAUCCUUAGCAUCUACAGAAUGUUAUCUCCUGGCUGCAAUGUCCUAUGAUCGAUAUUUGGCCAUAUGCAAACCUCUGCGCUACAAAUCUUUCAUGAAUGGCAGGCUCUGCAUCUGGCUUAUUGCUGGCUCAUGGAUGAGGGGUUUGCUAACUAAUACCAUAAUAACAUCCCAAGUUCUGCAGCUGUCAUUUUGUGGCCCAAAUGAAAUUGAACACUUCUUUUGUGAUCUGGGCCCAGUGAUAAAACUUGCAUGCAGCAAUACUCACAAGGUGGAGCUUGUCACUUUCAUCCUGGCCUCAAUGGACACAACACUCCCAUUCCUACUUACUGUGAUUUCGUAUGCAUAUAUCAUCCUUAAUAUUCUCCAGAUCCAGUCCAAAGCCAUGAAGCAGAAGGCUUUCUCUACUUGCUCCUCCCAUCUCAUUGUAGUGACCCUGUUUUUUGGAUCUCUGAUUAUUGUCUAUGUAGUUCCCAAAAACGACACCCUGAAGGAACUUCAUAGGAUCUUCUCUCUCUUUUACACUAUCUUAACACCUAUGGUCAAUCCUCUGAUAUACAGCCUGAGAAAUAGGGAAGUCAAGGAGGCUCUAUAUAGAACUGUCAAUAAAUAUUCAAAUCAAGUUUCAGACAGCUAUCAUGAAAGUAGCAAUUCAUUAUUAGUACUACCAAGGGAGAGGGACAGAGCCUGA